CCCGUGCCCCGGUGACACCCCCAGGCCUUGGGGACAAAGUCCGUGCCAUGCAUCGACCGGGGGCCGCGCGCUGCCCUGCGCCAUGCUCCCCUGGCUCGUCGUGGCGCUCGGCCUCUGCGCCCGGCUUGGCACAGCUCUCCCCCCGCGCCGCAUGGACACGGUGCUGCAGAUGGUGGAAGCCCUGGAGGCCGCCGAGGAGCUGAGCCUGCCGGAGCUGGCGCGGGCGCUGGGGAGCUGCAGCACCCCUGGGUGCCUCGCCGUGCUGGGGGACCCCCCCGCCGCCCCCCCGGACCUGCCGGCGCUCAGCCCCGAGCAGUGGGCGCUGCUCACCCACCUCCUGCGCCCCGACCCCGCGGUGCCCGAGCGCGGCGCUGUGCUGGCCCCCGACGGCUCCACCGUGGCCCUCGCGCCGCUGCUCGCAGGCGUGGAAGUGGGGCUGAGGAUGGCGGGGGGGUGGCCCGGCCCCACGCCCGAGCCCCCCGCUGCCCUCGAUGCCCUCUACGCCGUCACCCUCACCGAGGCGCUGGGGAUGGCUUUCCUCUUGGCUCGUGCCCACAACCACAGCGGGGCCACCCUGGGACCCAGCGGGUGCUGGGACGACGUGGAGAACCCCCAAAACUUCACCCUGCUGGGUCCCCCCUCGCCCGUCCCCGAGGCCGUCGCCAACGGGGCGCUGGAUGGGGUGCUGCUGGGUGCCCGCUUGGCCAAGGGACCCGUCCCGCUCGCCCCCCUGCUCCGGAGCUACUACGGGACGGACAACGGCACCGCGAGCGGGCGGCCCCCCAGCAGCUACCGGCGCCGGGAUUUCGGGGCGCUGACGGGGCUGAAGAAGCUGGAGGAGGAGGUGGUGGCGAUGCUGCGCCUGCUCCGGGUGCUGCCGCCCACCCGAGGGCUCUUGGAGGACGUGGGUGAGGAGGAGGAGGGGGCCAUCGCCCGCCGGGCGGCGCGGGACUUCAUGGAGACCUUUGUCGAGUGCCCGGCCAUCGUCCCCCGCUGCAUGUGGGGCGCCCGCCCCUACCGGGGCACCCCCAAACCCUUGUCCCUGCCCCUGGGCUCUGUCUACAUCCACCACACCUUCGUGCCCAGCGCCCCGUGCCGCACCUUCGCCGCCUGCGCCCGCGCCAUGCGCUCCAUGCAGCGCUUCCACCAGGACACCCGGGGCUGGGACGACAUCGGCUACAGCUUCGUGGUGGGCUCGGACGGGUACCUGUACCAAGGCCGGGGGUGGCACUGGGUGGGUGCCCACACCAGAGGCCACAACACCAAAGGCUACGGCGUGGGCUACGUGGGCAACUUCUCGGCCACCCUGCCCGACCCCGACGCCAUCGCUUUGGUGCGCGACGGCCUCCUGCCCUGCGCCGUCAGGGCCGGCCGGCUCCGCCACGACUACGCCCUGCGCGGCCACCGGCAGGUGGUGAACACCAGCUGCCCCGGAGACUCCCUCUUCCAGGAGAUCAGGACCUGGCGCGGCUUCCAGAUGGAGGUGGAGAAACCCCCAGCGGCAGCCGAGACGCCAACGCUGCUGAAGACCUACAAAUGGCGAACGGCAGCACCCAUGGGUGACCGGGAACCCGAGCGGGGCACGGGGUCCCCGGGCAGCCGGCGCUGGACCCGGCUGCAGGGCUGGAAGCGUUCCUACAGCCAACCCGAAUCCGACGGCCCCGACGAUGGGGCUGGGAAGGGGGCACCCAAAGCCAGCACCCGCCGGUCCCUCUUCCAGCGGGCUUUCUCGGCCCCCUCCAAGGUGGCCAAGGAGCCACGGAGCCCCGAAGGUGGCAAGGCCACCCUGCAGAAGUAUUUGCGCUCCAUGUCCAAGAGAAAGGGCCACGGGGACAGCGGUGCCAGGGCUGAGCGGGCGCACCGCGACGCUCUGCCAACCCCGGAGAGCACCCACAGCGCCCCGACAGCCCCGCUGGCUCCGGCACCCGAUGCGCCAGUGUGGGACGUCUCCAACUUCUCGCUGGUGGACGGGCACCUGAUCCACGUGGGCAGGGAUGAAGAGUUCAGCAAUGUCAAGGUGGGCAUCCCGGGCCCGGUGCCACCCUUGGGUGCCACGCCGCACCCAGGAAGUCGCGUGGCAUCCGUGGCAUCCAUCCCCUUGUCCCUAAACCAGGGCCUGCUGUGGAAGCGGCUCCGGGAUCGGAAAGGGCGCGCAGUGCCCAAAACCGAGACGACGGCGGUGGCUGAUGGCGAGAGGACCCCGAGCCAGAGCGGUUCGCGCGAGUCCCUGCUGCCCCCGCCGAGCGCCGCCGAGCUGGACCUCACCGGGGACAACGUCAUCAUCCGGCCCGUGCACGGCAGCAUCGUGGGGGAGAAGUUCUGCUUCCAGAUCAUCACCGCUGAGGGCAGCCGCUCCUUUGGCUGCACGUCCUUGGCUGAGCGCGACCGCUGGAUCGAGAACCUGCGCCGAACCGUGCAGCCCAACAAGGAUAACUGCGAGCGGCUGGAGCUGGCGCUGAGCCUGUGGGUGUACGAGGCGCGGGACCUGCCACCCCGGCGCCACCUCCGCUGCCACCUCCUCCUGGACGGCGCGCUCUUCGCCCGUACCACCGCCAAGGUGGCCGGUCCCGACGGCGAGCUCUUCUGGGGCGAGCUCUUCCAGCUGGCCGCCCUGCCGCCCGCCCGCGCCCUCACCCUCGCCCUGUGCCGCGAUGACCAGGGCCACCCCUGCCAGACGGUGGCAUCUGUCACCGUCCCCUUGGCAGAGCUGGCGGCCGCCCGGCAGCCCCUGGAGCGCUGGUACCCGCUGGGCGGCCACGGCAGUGGCGAGCGGGCGCCAGCGGUGCGGGUGCGCGGGCGGUACCGGGAGGUGCGGGUGCUGCCCAUCGUGCGCUACAAGGAGUUGGCCGAAUUCAUCACCUUCCACUACCGCGAGCUGUGCGCCCACCUGGAGCCCACCAUCGCCGUGCGGCACAAGGAGGAGCUGGCCGGAACCUUGGUCCACGUCUUGCAGAGCACCGGGAAAGCCAAGGCGUUCCUCAUUGACCUCGGCGUGGCCGAGCUGGACCGCUUCGACGACCGGGAGGCGCUGAUCUUCCGCGAGAACACGCUGGCCACCAAGGCCAUCGAUGAAUACAUGAAGCUGGUGGGGGGCAAGUACCUCCAGGACACGCUGGGUGAGGCCCUGGCCCAGCUCUGCACCUCGGACGAUAGCUGCGAGGUCGAUCCCAGUAAAUGCGCCGGCCCCGACCUCUCCGACAACCAGAACAACCUGCGGCAGGUCUGCGAGGAGACCUUCCAGCGCAUCGCCACGUCCUGCGAAGCCUUCCCGGCGGAGCUGGGCGAGAUCUUCGCGGCGUGGCAGGAGGAGUGCGCGGCGCGGGGCAAGGCGGCCAUCGGGCAGCGCCUGGUGUCGGCCUCGCUCUUCCUGCGGUUCCUCUGCCCGGCCAUCAUGUCCCCCAGCCUCUUCGGCCUCGUCCAGGAGUACCCCAGCGAGGGCCACCGCCCCGCACCCUCACCCUGGUGGCCAAGGUCAUCCAGAACCUGGCCAACAUUCACCACGUUCGGCGAGAAGGAGGCCUACAUGGGCUUCAUGAACGAGUUCCUGGAGCACCACUGGGGCCCGAUGACGGCCUUCCUGCAGAGCGUGGCCAACCCCGAGAGCAGCGUCCACAUGGCCACCUACGACGGCUACGUGGACCUGGCCCUGGAGCUCGCCACCCUGCACCUCUUGCUCUGUGACAUCUUCUCCAGCCUGGACCAGGUGCCACCACCCCGAGCCGGUGAUGAGGGCGAUGAAGAGGCUGAGGACCAUGUAGAUGAAGAGGCUGAUGAAGGUGUAGAGGUAGAUCUGGCUGAAGAGCCACACCAGGUAGCUGUUCUGCUGCAUCUCGGCAAAGCCACCCACACACACACACACGUGCCACAUGCAGGUGCCACCCCCCGGUGCCCAUGUGUCCCCCCCCAGCGGCCCCCGUGCCCCGGUGACACCCCCAGGCCUUGGGGACAAAGUCCGUGCCAUGCAUCGACCGGGGGCCGCGCGCUGCCCUGCGCCAUGCUCCCCUGGCUCGUCGUGGCGCUCGGCCUCUGCGCCCGGCUUGGCACAGCUCUCCCCCCGCGCCGCAUGGACACGGUGCUGCAGAUGGUGGAAGCCCUGGAGGCCGCCGAGGAGCUGAGCCUGCCGGAGCUGGCGCGGGCGCUGGGGAGCUGCAGCACCCCUGGGUGCCUCGCCGUGCUGGGGGACCCCCCCGCCACCCCCCCGGACCUGCCGGUGCUCAGCCCCGAGCAGCGGGCGCUGCUCACCCACCUCCUGCGCCCCGACCCCGCGGUGCCCGAGCGCGGCGCGGUGCUGGCCCCCGACGGCUCCACCGUGGCCCUCGCGCCGCUGCUCGCAGGCAUGGAAGUGGGGCUGAGGAUGGCGGGGGGGUGGCCCGGCCCCACGCCCGAGCCCCCCGCUGCCCUCGAUGCCCUCUACGCCGUCACCCUCACCGAGGCGCUGGGGAUGGCUUUCCUCUUGGCUCGUGCCCACAACCACAGCGGGGCCACCCUGGGACCCAGCGGGUGCUGGGACGACGUGGAGAACCCCCAAAACUUCACCCUGCUGGGUCCCCCCUCGCCCGUCCCCGAGGCCGUCGCCAACGGGGCGCUGGAUGGGGUGCUGCUGGGUGCCCGCUUGGCCAAGGGACCCGUCCCGCUCGCCCCCCUGCUCCGGAGCUACUACGGGACGGACAACGGCACCGCGAGCGGGCGGCCCCCCAGCAGCUACCGGCGCCGGGAUUUCGGGGCGCUGACGGGGCUGAAGAAGCUGGAGGAGGAGGUGGUGGCGAUGCUGCGCCUGCUCCGGGUGCUGCCGCCCACCCGAGGGCUCUUGGAGGACGUGGGUGAGGAGGAGGAGGGGGCCAUCGCCCGCCGGGCGGCGCGGGACUUCAUGGAGACCUUUGUCGAGUGCCCGGCCAUCGUCCCCCGCUGCAUGUGGGGCGCCCGUCCCUACCGGGGCACCCCCAAACCCUUGUCCCUGCCCCUGGGCUCUGUCUACAUCCACCACACCUUCGUGCCCAGCGCCCCGUGCCGCACCUUCGCCGCCUGUGCCCGCGCCAUGCGCUCCAUGCAGCGCUUCCACCAGGACACCCGGGGCUGGGACGACAUCGGCUACAGCUUCGUGGUGGGCUCGGACGGGUACCUGUACCAGGGCCGGGGGUGGCACUGGGUGGGUGCCCACACCAGAGGCCACAACACCAAAGGCUACGGCGUGGGCUACGUGGGCAACUUCUCGGCCACCCUGCCCGACCCCGACGCCAUCGCCUUGGUGCGCGACGGCCUCCUGCCCUGCGCCGUCAGGGCCGGCCGGCUCCGCCACGACUACGCCCUGCGGGGCCACCGGCAGGUGGUGAACACCAGCUGCCCCGGAGACUCCCUCUUCCAGGAGAUCAGGACCUGGCGCGGCUUCCAGUGAGGACCGGCCUCCAAGGGCGCUGCGCUGGGGGGGUGCCGGUCUGGACGGGUGCCGGUCCGGAUGGGUGCUGGUCCGGAUGGGUGCUGGUCCGGAUGGGUGCUGGUCCGGACGGGUGCUGCCAAGGUCGGAUCCUGGUCAGGGUGGAUGGAGACCUGAUGGGGGACCACGGACACCAGCCGGACCCCAGACCAGACAGACAGACGGACGGCAGCCCGGACGGACGCUGCACCCCCCUAUUUAUUAGCACCCCCCUAAUAAAAUCAGUGCCAGGACAGCA